AUGGAACUCUUGGUUUGCUGUCCCAAGCCUCUCUCGCCUCCAGAAGAUGAGGGCAGUAUCUCCGCGCCAAGACUUCUACCUGCUCGGCAAACGGCUUAUGCCCAUUCCGCCCCAAAUGCAAAGCCAUCUGAUUCCAACGCUUUCGGCACACAUUCCCAUCCCUGCCCUCAACAACACCAUCCCAGUCCACAUCCUCCACGCACGUCGCGUCCAGGCUAUAAAGCCCACCAAUCAGGCGGUAGUCGUCUGAGUCGGCCCACACGCCCUGGGACACCAUGGACGAGGUCAGCUGGUUGUACCACUUAUUACAGCAAUGGUCCUGAGAGCGGGUUGACAGCUCAUACUGUCACGCAGCAUCCCGCACUUGGACUUCUUCACUUUCCAAAGCUUCGCCUGCAGGUCAAUGUUCACGAGGUCAAACAGUUUCUGGUACUCGUCCUGAGACCAGUGCCCUUUCUUGCGGUUGACCAAUCUUAUCCUCAGCCAGGUGUUACACACAUGUCUCUUGUGCUUGCCGAGCUUGUCAGCCAGCUUCUUCCAUUGGCUACCGUGCUCCUCAUAGAACUUGAGGACCUCCUCGUACUCUUCCUCAGUCCAUUUGCGAUUCUCAGACCUGUAGAAUAG